ACCGAAACGUCCUGAUCCUGACCGCGUUUUCUCAAGAGUCUGGAAAUAAAUAAUACUCUUUCGGAUUUAAUUACCUAUUUAUCAACUCAAUUCGUGUUCUACGUUUUUUUUUUUUUUGUUUACUCUGUGCUUGGGUAGUGGCUUUUUUUACGCACGCGCAAAUGUCUCUCGCUCAGCAUGUAACCCAGACUGAGGGCUUCGACUACGAAGGCCCAGCGAAUCCCAACUACGAAGGUCCGAGUCAUCCGAAUGUUUCUCCUGGCUUUGGUACGGGAAAUAUUCUCGCUCCUGGUGAUGAAUGCGAUCAAAGCGGUGAUCGAUCAGAAUGGCGUCGAUUGAGUUUUGCGCCUGUCGAGAUUGCUAAGAAAUUGCCAAACAUUGCGGCUUACAAGGUCUCCAACCUCAAGCGCUAUGUUCAGGUCGCGACUGGUAUAAUUGCUUGUUGGUUCGCAGCAGGGAUUGUCUUCGGUUUCGCUGCCCUCAAGCCAAUUCUCAUCAACGAGGGCAUCUAUUCCGAACUCUGCCCGGUGGUGGAUUACAGGAUCCCAUGCGCUGAACAAGACAUGCGAUUGAACCUUUUGUUCAUCUCAGCGUCAAUCUCCGCGAAUGUGUCUUCUCUUUUCGCUGGCGCUGUGCUCGAUCGCUACGGUCGACGAGUAUGUUGGCUGGUCUCGAGUGUUCUGCUCACUCUCGGUUCGUUGAUGAUGGCCAUCUCAUUCUCGCAUCCCGGCUUCCAUGGAUAUCUCCUCGGCAACAUUCUUCUCGCUUUCGGUGGCACCUUUAUCUUCGUUUCCAGUUUCCAGCUCGCGAACGCGUUUCCGAAAUAUUCUGGGCUGAUCGUCGCGCUCGUCACCGGUGCGUUUGAUGCCUCGGCUGCAGUGUUUUUGUUCUAUCGCAUGGCUUAUGAAGCAUCCGGUGGAUCAUUUUCACUUGACAAGUUCUUCUACGGCUACAUUUCCGUUCCAGUAGCCAUUUUCCUGGCUGAAUUUCUCUGGAUGCCGGCCCACUCGUAUCAUACCCUCCCUCAACUCGAGAAGAAGAUCGAGCACGCUCAAGACCGCACCCGCGAUGUUCACGAAUCGGACGAAGAGAUCGACGAUACAAACGAAUUGACACGCGUACGAAGCGCCCGAGCCGACCAGAGAAAAGCCAAGCUUGAGAAAAUUGAGGAACUCGCUGGCGAUAGUCAAGAACGAGGCGAACGCGUCAAAGAAGAGGAAGGCCGACAAGAAGCCAGCGGAGUCUGGGGUGUUCUCCACGGAAUGCCAGCUCACAAGCAGAUGAUGACGCCUUGGUUCAUCCUCAUUCUCGUCUUGACGAUCCUUCAGAUGAUUCGCAUGAACUACUUCAUCGCUGGUGUCAGAUCGCAGUACCGAUACAUGUUGGGCUCUGACAAGGCCGCUGAGCGCAUCAAUGAGUUUUUCGAUGCUGCUCUGCCCAUCGGAGGCGUUGCUGCGACGCCAUUCAUUGGAAUUUUGCUCAAUAACCUGAGUGUUCCCACUACCUUUUCUGUUUUGACGGUAUUUAUCAUCAUCAUUGGCGUCCUGAACUGUAUUCCGAACCUGGUAGCUGGAUACUUCACAGUCGUUGCUUUUGUCUUUUUCCGUCCUCUUUACUAUUCUGCAGUCUCUGACUACGCCACUAAAGUCUUCGGUUUCGCUACGUUCGGGCGCAUUUACGGAACGAUCACUUGCAUCUCUGGAAUCACGCAGCUCAUUCAGUCGGGACUCGAUGCACUCACUCAUGGCCCAUUGCACGAUGACCCAACGCCUGUCAACGCGACCUUGGGUGCCGUCGGAGCUCUUGUAGGUCUCAUUUUGACCGUCUUCAUCACUGUCAAGGGUAGAGUCUUUGUCGAGAAGAAGGUUGAGAUGGAGGCCGAUGGUGAGAGAGAACGACUCCUGUCGGAUGCUCAGAAUGGGUAUGGAACUGGUCACUGAGUCUAAGGAUGGCAGAGAACUAUGAAAGAGGUUUUGUGAGGGAAUUUGGAAAUCGUUUUGUAAGGUUGCAUUACAUUUCUAUCCUGUUGGAAGCUUCCAAGUCGUUGUCUUUUAUGAAUUGUGUGUUCAUGGAAGUGUAGGAUGGGAUUAAAAGUUAUUGGAUGGGCGUAUCGCCUUGAGUUCUCACUAAUCGAAUUUAUAAAGAUAUGAAAAAAUAAAAUGAUGCAGGAGUUGGCUGGGCUAUAGAUAUUCAUGUUAAUUAAUUUACCAUUCUCACUGAUGCUGUUGGUCAUGUAACUCAUGCCUGCCAAUCGGGACUCAAUCCUGCGAGAUGCUGUAUAAACAUGAGAACCAGGGAAACUAUGCAUAUUAGGAUAUUUAGAUCAAUAAUACCCGUUCCCAAUUGAUGAC